CAGUGCCAGUCAGUGCCACCUAUCAGUGCUGCCUAUCAGUGCCAUCAGUGCCUCCUCAUCAGUGCCCAUCAGUGCCACCUAUCAGUGCUCAUCACUGCAGCCUCAUUAGCGCACGUCAGUGAAGGAGAAAAAUCACUUAUUUACAAAAUUUUUAUAACAAAAACUAAGAAACUUUUUUUUCAAAAUUUUCAGUGGUUUUUGGUUUGUUUAAGAAAAAAUUAAAAACCCAGAGUUGAUUAA